AUGGAUCCAUCACUCAAGGUCAAAAGAUCGGCCCAUACCAUCACUGUCCAACCGAAAGAAACUAUACUGACUGCGUUUCCCUUUUGGCCUCAUAGCUCUCUGCUGGAUUUCCUCAAAGGAGAGCCAAGAGUCUUGGGGGGAAUUUUAAACAGCAAUCUGGCCCUCAUCAUAGAGUACUUGGCCUUGCAGGACCUGAUAUUGCUUUGUCAAUAGCCUCUUUCAUGAAGACAAGAGGGUUUUAGUCUUAGACACCCAGGUGGAUAUCCCCACAAUCAGACAGCCAUUUCAAGAGAGUGUUUGAAUCUUUUAAAUGAUAUGACUCAGAAACUGCUUCUCUGCCAAGAAGCUGCUAUUACAAAUGGAAGAGUAAUGCCUUCCUCAUACUCAAUGGAACCUAAGAAAUUGAAUUCUCGAGAAGAAACUACUUUUCAGACCCCCAAAUCUAGUCAUAUGCCUCGACCUUCAUUGCUACCAUUAGUAAAGACAUCACUGAUUUUCUCAAAAUUACCUACACAUGUUGCAAGUCCCCUUCAGUCCCCAUUUGGCUCUAGUGUAAUGAGUUGGAUGGCUGGAAAUUUUUAUGUAAACGCCUGCUAUGGGUCACCUCAACGUUCUCAGCUAAUAAGAAAAGGGCUAAGAUUAUGGACUUCAGCUUCUGAUCAGCAAAUGAAUGAAUUUUCUAGACAGCCCAGUGUGAUUUAUUAGAUUUAGAAUAAAUGUGAACAAAUUAAGAAUUUCUUGUCAAAAUGGAUGCUGAUAAUGUAUUUUUUCAGUAAGCAUCCAGAGGCCUCCAUUCAGGCUGGGUUUUCCCCCCAGAUAUUUGGGUGGGCAUUAGAAAGUCUGUCAGUGGCAGCAGCAUUUACAGAAGAUAGAUUUGGUAUUGUCCAGUUUACACUACCAGUAAUAUUAUUGAUGCUGCAAGGGGUAGUUGACAAGUACUCCAAGCUUCUUCAUGAUUCCUAAAUUCCACCUUGGAUUUCAGGAACUGUGGAUGCUUCUUUUAAAACAUUAAGAUUUGUAUUUACAGCAUCACUAAAAACUGUCUUCUAUUGAAUAACUACUACAUUGUCAAAUCUGAAUGUUGUUCAAGCAUCUGCAGAAGAUCAGCAGAGACUUCAACAGUUCUUGGAGUUCAGAGAAUAG